AUGUCUGACGAUCGCACCCGAAGCGCGUCUUCAAAGCGCAAGAAUCGCGAUGGCCCAGAGGAUACAGCUUCUCGGAAAAAGCCGCACCGGAAUGCAGCUGGCAGCCACGACGACGGUCAAUAUGAGGAGUAUGGAAACGCGGGCACCUCCAAAUCGAGCUACAAACACAAAGGAAAGCCGACACCACGAGACGAAAAGGAUGAAAAUUUCACAUCAGUGAAUGACCUCAAGAAGAGAAUUCGCGACGUUACACGCCUUCUCGCCAAGGGGAAACUGCCCGCAGAUGCUCGCGUGGUGCAGGAACGAGCUCUAGAAGGAUAUCAACGGGAUCUCGCAGAGGAAACAGCACGCAGAGAACGAUCACAGAAAAUCAAGAAAUAUCACUUUGUUCGGUUCCUUGACCGCAAGACUGCUUCUAAGCAAUUAAAACUGUUUAUCCGACAGGAGAAAGAAAAAGAUCUCGACUCUGAUCAAACAUCUCACCUUCAGCAGAAGAUCCACGCCGCUCGAGUCAACCUUAACUACACGGUCUACUAUCCUCUCACCGAGAAAUACAUUUCGCUCUAUCCCAAGUCUCAGGAAAAAGCUGACAAUAAAGCUGGAAAAGAGUCGGAGUCAGCACAAACCCCCGAUAAAACUGAUGUAAAGCCUCCUCUGUGGUCCGUUGUCGAAAAGUGUAUGAAGGAGGGCACACUUGAUCAACUUCGCGAGGGCAAAUUGAAUAUUGGGCCUGAUGGUCAACCUAUCCCUGAUACUAUCAAGAAAAUAUCACCUGAACAUGAUAGCAAGAAACAAAAGAAGAAGCAAGGGCCUAAAGAGACUAAACAGAGUUUCAAGGCGAGAGAUGAUAAGGGAAGCAGGUCAUCGGAGAAGCAGAUUCGGAAAGAUUACGGGAAAGAACGCGACAGACUACAUGAUGUGGCCCCCGUCGUACUUGCUGAUGAUGAAAGUGAUGGUGGAUUCUUUGAUGAAUAA